UCCUUCCCCCGCCCCGAUGCUCAUCGGUUCCGGGGUAGGUUUGUAUCUUUUCGCCAAUUUUUGACAACAUAUUCUCAGCAACCAAUAUAUAGUAAACCGUCCCUUCUAUCGGUUGGUGGGGCCCCCACUCAUUCAUUCCCAUUCCCCCUUGGGUGAGCAACUGGGAAACAAAUACACACCUUAAGGACGACCGAUCUGCCUUUGGCGGCUCUCCGGCAGCAAAACACACCCACCCCGCCAGGUCGCAAUCCACCUCUCAUCGGAACACACACCCACAACACCCGCAAAAAUGUCGCCAUCACAUCGGCCGCCGCGCUACGAGAUGGAACGGGACGACACUGAUUUCGAAUCGGCAAGCUACCGCAACACACUUGACUCGUCAGUCUACAGGAGUCGAUACGAAUCGUACGCCUCGUAUGGCACGGACACGCCGGUUCACCAACACAUCACCACCGUCGCCCAUGUCGGCUUCUCGGAUGCACUGCUGGCGCAGAAACCCCAGCCGUUCACACGGACUAUGUUCAAGCUAUACUUCUUCCUGUUCAUCGCAUUCCUGAACUCGUGCAUCAACGGCUACGAUGGAAGUCUCAUGGGCGGCAUUAAUGCCAUGAAGACAUAUCAGAAUUAUUUCAACAUGACAACAACAGGUUCGAAAACGGGUCUGGUGUUCUCGAUAUACACGAUCGGCAAUAUCGUUGGUUCCUUCUUUUGCGGACCGUUCACGGACUGGUGGGGUCGGCGUUGGGGAAUGUUCAUCGGAGCUUCCAUCAUCAUUGCGGGGACUUGUAUUCAGGCUCCUGCGACCAAUCAGCUCAUGUUUAUGGGCGGCCGCUUCAUACUCGGCUUUGGAGUUGCGACAUGCGCAACGGCAGGACCUUCGUACGUCGCAGAAAUGGCACAUCCCGCGUGGCGAGGAACACUGACCGGAAUGUACAACACAUUCUGGUUCGUGGGAGGAAUUCCGGCAACUUGGACCAUCUACGCGACCCAGCAACUCGAGGGCGACCUUUCGUGGAGGCUCCCCAUCUGGUUGCAAGCAGUCGCCUCAGGAGGCGUCAUCUUGGGUUGUCUCUUUUGCCCCGAGACACCGCGAUGGCUUGUGUCUAACGACCGCCAUGCCGAGGCCAUCAGUGUCAUGGCGAAAUACCAUGGAGAGGGGGAUAGGAACUCGCCCAUCGUCCUCUUGACGUAUCGCGAAAUGAUCGAGGAGAUCACCACCGAAGGUUCCGACAAGCGGUGGUGGGAUUAUGCUCCGCUCUUCAACUCGAGGAGUGCAUGGUGGAGAAUGGCUUGCGUUGCGGGCAUGGGAUUCUUUGGUCAGUGGUCUGGAAACGGCGCUGUCUCAUACUUCAUGCCCGUCCUGCUGGACACCAUCGGCGUCAAGGACGAACGGACACAACUGCUGUACAACGCGAUCCUCAACGUGCUCUCGUUCAUCACGGCGACAUUGGGAGCUCGAUUCGUGGACAGUUUUGGACGGCGGCCGGUGCUUCUCAUUUCGACCGCGCUCUUCGUGGUGCUAUGGACCGUCAUCACCACUCUGACAGCCAUCUAUGCCAACAAGGAGAACGAGAACCUCGCGGGAUCGAGAGCGACCAUCGCCAUGAUCUACGCCUUCGGCAUCACCUAUAGUUUCGCAUACACGCCGCUGCAGGCACUGUAUCCGGUCGAGUGUCUCUCGUACGAGACUAGGGCUAAAGGAAUGGGGCUGUACAAUCUGAUUGUCAAUAUCGCCGCCUUCUUCAACACAUACGCGAUUCCAACUGUGUGGGCCAAGAUCAAGUGGAGGUUCUACUUUGUCUUUAUUGCAUGGGACGUCUUUGAGGUCGUUUUCAUCUAUUUCUUCUUCGUGGAGACGAAAGGCCGCACGCUCGAAGCCAUCAACGAAAUCUUUGAGGCGCCAUACCCAAAGAAAAAAUCGAUACAGAAGCACAUAGUCGUCGUCACCGACCGGGGAAUAGUCGACAAGGGCCUCGAGGACAGCUACUAGUAGUACUGACGAAUUACCAAGAAAAAAGACUUUCCUUUCUUUUAUUCUUCUUUUUUUUCUGCUUCAGUGCAGGUUUUUUAUUCUUCUUCUUUAUUCUUCCUCCUUUUUUGUUUUGGAUAUCCUGUAUAACGUAUCGAUCGAAUGUACAUUUCACGAAUUCAACCCACCCACCUACCCACCCACCACCCCACGGCAGCGCGGCGUUUUUUCUUUCUCUUUCUUUCCGGUCCUUUGCAUACUAGUUGUUUUUUGGUCUUUUCUUGUCUUGUCGUGUCUGGCUUUGUAUUUCCAUUUUCGCCUUAUGCAUAAAGUAAAUUGGGGGACCGGGGUGCGGUGAGGCGGGCGCGGGGGCGGGGACGGG